AGGCGGAAUCCUCGCGGAGAGGGUAGCGAGCCUCUGGACUUCCAACCGCCCAGCAUGUGAGCCGACGCUCGGCGUGAAGUUUAGCCGAAAAGCCCUGGAAAUUCUGCCCGUUUCGGAGUCUGGGUUUUGGACUAAGUAAUAACUAAAGGUGCUGGGUUGUUUGAUUUUGAUUUUUAAGUAGACGUGAGUUGAAGUGCUGUUUUCCACCGAGUGUGAGGGAAGAGUGGACUGCUUGGAGUCACUUACAAAGAACAUUAAGAAGUCAUGACAUGACGAACGUUUUACUUGGAUUUAUCUUCAUAAACUACGAGGGAAAAGUCUACAGAAGCCGCUUCAACUCAAACUAAGUGGGCCGAAAGUUAGGUGUUUGGACGAAUAUUGUGGGUUCUUGCCGUUUUUGGACCUUUUUAAGUCUCCCUACUUGGAUCAAAGUUUUUCUCUCCCUCCCCCUCCUCCUCUUCAGCUAUGGCGGCGGCCAGGUUCACCGCUGGCUCUGCGCUGCUGCGGAUCAUGUGGCUGUUGUGCGGGAUUUCUCUCUCACCCACUUCAUCUGCUCAGCAUUACAACAGUGAAAGUGGAAUAUCCGUCCCGGAGCACGGUUUCUGCCAGCCCAUCUCCAUACCGCUCUGCACCGACAUCGCCUACAACCAGACCAUCAUGCCGAACCUCCUGGGCCACACCAACCAGGAGGACGCCGGGCUGGAGGUGCACCAGUUCUACCCGCUGGUGAAGGUCCAGUGCUCCGCAGAUUUAAAGUUCUUCCUGUGCUCCAUGUACGCCCCGGUUUGCACCGUGCUGGAGCAGGCCAUUCCCCCGUGUCGGUCGCUGUGUGAGCGGGCACGGCAGGGAUGUGAAGCCCUGAUGAAUAAAUUUGGCUUCCAGUGGCCGGAGCGCCUCCGCUGCGAGGCAUUCCCCAUCCACGGAGCCGGGGAGAUCUGCGUGGGCCAGAACACGUCGGAGCCCGGCAGCCCAGCUUCCUCUUCAUCUCCCAACGCACCCGAGAUCGUGACCCCUCCACCUAUAGGUGGUGGACCGAACCCUCAUCGUCCGCCACAACCCAAUUCGUACAAUCAGUUCUCCUGCCCGCUACAGCUGGAGGUGCCUCCCUACCUGGGCUAUAAAUUCAUGGGGGUCAGAGACUGCGGUGCCCCCUGUGAGCCCACCAAACCCAGCGGAAUAAUGUAUUUUCGAGAGGAUGAGGUGAAAUUCGGCAGGCUUUGGGUUGGGAUCUGGUCCAUACUGUGCUGCGUGAGUACCCUGUUCACAGUGCUCACUUAUUUAGUGGACAUGAGGAGGUUCAGGUACCCUGAACGGCCCAUCAUCUUCCUGUCAGGCUGUUACUUCAUGGUGGCAGUGGCCUACGCUGCUGGUUUCUUCCUGGAGGACAAGGUGGUCUGCGUGGACAAAUUCAAGGUGGACGGCUACAGGACGGUGGCUCAGGGGACCAAGAAGGAGGGCUGCACCAUCCUCUUCAUGGUGCUGUACUUCUUCGGCAUGGCCAGCUCCAUCUGGUGGGUUAUCCUGUCCCUUACUUGGUUCCUCUCCGCUGGGAUGAAGUGGGGUCAUGAGGCAAUAGAGGCCAAUUCCCAGUACUUCCACUUGGCAGCGUGGGCCGUCCCGGCCAUCAAGACCAUCACGAUCCUCGCUAUGGGCCAGGUGGAUGGAGACGUCCUGACCGGGGUGUGCUUCGUGGGGAUCUUCAAUGUGGAUGCCCUGCGUGGCUUUGUGUUAGCCCCGCUAUUCGUCUACCUGUUCAUCGGCACGUCCUUCCUGCUGGCUGGCUUUGUGUCUCUUUUCCGGAUCCGCACUAUUAUGAAACAUGACGGCACCAAGACGGAGAAGUUAGAGAAGCUGAUGGUUCGCAUUGGGGUGUUCAGCGUGCUCUACACAGUCCCGGCCACUAUAGUGAUCGCCUGUUACUUCUACGAGCAGGCCUUCAGGGAGCAGUGGGAGCGCACCUGGCACAUGCAGACCUGCAAGCGCUUCGCUGUUCCCUGCCCAAUCCACAACUUCGCCCCCAUGACCCCGGACUUUACCGUGUUCAUGAUCAAAUAUCUGAUGACCAUGAUCGUUGGUAUUACCUCUGGUUUCUGGGUGUGGUCCGGGAAGACCCUCCAGUCCUGGCGGAGGUUCUACGAGCGUCUCAGCAAUGGGAACCACGGAGAGACGACGGUGUGAAGAUUGGAGGGUUUGGAUGCAUCCGUGAAAAUGAGGUCAAAAAGCUUUCAUUUCAUUAAUCCUAGUUGGAAUUUUUAAAAACUGAAUGCUAGUGUUUCACUCUUGUGGCAGCAACACAACACUUAAGGAAGUUGGAGGAACUUCCAAUAUAUUCAUUUUUUUCCCUCUUUUGUCAUCAAAGAAAACUGAAGCCAUGGCUUUUUUUUUUAUUCCAGGACGAUAAACUGAUAUAAAAUAGCCAUGCCAAGACUCAAUCCUAUAUAAACACAUAUAUUCUUAUGUUACAAUUUGAAUGUACUCCCUAUUCGCCCUUGAGUUUGUUGGUGGACUCUAUCAAAACACUAAUGUGAUAAGCAGCAAAAAAGGUAGAAGGUUUAAUCCCUGUUCGUUCAUUUGCGAUGCUUGGAUUAGACAUUAAUGACUGCAAAGCUUUAAUACAUGUUAGGGUUUGCAGAGUACAAACUUAUCUGUUUUAAAUAGUUAAUGAACGUCAUCUGUUGAUAUGUGCCAAGUGGCUGCCUAGAAUUCCCUUCUUUAAAACGUUUUUUCAUGUUCCGACUGAUGAAUAUUCACUUCUGUCCUGAAUGUUCACUCCGAAGUUGAAUGAAGUUAUUUUCUGGUUUGCACACUGAUCCUAAAUGUAAAAAAGAACGACUUACGCCACAGGUUGACUUAGAUCUAGCAUUUUUUAAAGAGGCCACACACACAUGCAUACAGAACCUUGAGACACAACGGCUCAUUGUUAGUCUCUGUGUGUGGUCUCUCUGCUUUUGGAUUACCUAUCAAAAAAGCCUUUUUUUUUUUUUUCUUUAAACCUUUAAGACACCCAAAGCAUCGUUUCAGUGAUCCAGAUUUAAUCCGUAUGAGUGCAAAUGGUUGUUCUGGAGCUGUAACGUUAUUUUAUGCGGGAUAAAAUUAACUGUACGCUAAGUUAGCACCUACGUUCUGCUUGGUGUAACUCGCCUUAUUUCUUCCUUUAAUAUCACAUGAAGUGUUACAUUCUUGCAAGCCGACUGAACAUUUUUGGAUAUUUUAAUUGCCUGCCAUGAGUAUGUGUUUUUUUUUUUGUUUUUUUUUUUUUUUACAGAAGCCUUACAAUCUGAGAAGUUGCAUGUUGUUUUUUUCUGUUACACGACUGUAAUGUUUGUUGUUCUGUGUUAGAAAAAUGUCAAAGAAGGAGGUUAAACAGCAGAGCCGUGUUGGACUGUUUAGCAGAGAUUGUUACUGAGGUGAGGGGUAUUUUAGGAAAUAAAAAAAAAAUGGUUAAAAUGCAAAGGUUACGAUGUUCAUAGAUAAAAUGGCCUCAGCUUGUUUACCACAUAGUAAGAAAAUAAAUUACAGGUAAACCUUAGGUUUUUAUUACAGGAUUUUAUAGAAAUAACACAAGUUACUUUAGGCUUUAAACCUGUUUAAAUGCUUUUAAUGAAAGUGACACACCUCUUGAAUGUUUUCAUUUAACCUUGAUGCCAUCAUUAGGAGUAAUUACUGGAGUUGACAUGACGCUUGCAUUUAAAACAAGUGACUUCAUCAUUCAGACUAAACAAAGAAAUUAGUGGCUGUUUGUCGGGAGUCAGCUGCAAGCCAGCUUAUGACUGCCAGAACCGUCUGUUUCUUGUCUCGUAGCACAUUUUCUCCACAUGCUUCACUCCCAAACAAUGAAUGGGAGCAGUCUGUGGCGAUGAGGGACAAGUCACAGCAUUAUGACCUUCUACAGGCUUGGCAUCGCAGUUAUUUAAAUUUCUAUGGAUGCCCUGUUUUUACAUGUUUUAAAACUAAAACUGUGCAUACUCUAUACUUCAUGCUGUAUUUAAAAGCAAUUUGUAUAUACCAUGCUGUUUUUUUUUUUCUCUUCACAUGGAUGUACUACAUACCUCAAGCCCUGGUUAAGUUCUGCUCAACAGAACAAUGUCACUUCAUUCAGUCAUUACAUUGUUUCCAAACAAGGCAAAGUGAUUCUGUUGCUGUUACCAGACUGACAUGUUUAUUUUGUUCUGUUUUCAGAAGGAAUACGAGUUUUUGUGUUUUCAAUUCUUUACCAGAACAUAUGCAAACCAGCCAGCAGAGACUCAGAUAUUUGAAUACAUAUUGUAUUUAAGGGGGGGGGGGGAGAAUAUUCAUUUUUGUCUUUUUUACUUGUAUUUUUUUAAAAAUGAGAUAAGCCCAUUUUACAUGUACAGUUUGAAUAAAAGUGAUAAAGUUUG